GAUUUGAUGUUUAUCUGUUUGGUUUAAGGUAUUACUGUUGUUUUGAGUACUAAUUUCUUUAAAACUAAACUAACUCUUCUCUUGAUUCUCCUUGUUUCAGGUUAAGGCUGAAGUUGUCACGGGUGCAUUGAAGCUUGGGAAAGUCACGGGUGCAUUAGGAGUAGGGAAAGUCACGGGUGCCUUAGGAGUACUGAAACUCACGGGUUCAUCUCUUUCAGUUUAUGUAGUAUAAGUAGUUCUCGUUUGGUCUUUAGCUAUGUAUCACCUUCUCUUUCUUUCCUCUUCAUCAAAACUUGACUUAUGUUCUUGUGGUUUCUCGGAGAUGUUGUAAGAUGUUGCUACCAUGAUCUGCUAAAGUUCACAAAACCUGCUGAUCUCUUGUAAUAUUUGCGUGAUGUCAUCAUCUUCAUCCGAUGGAUUGGAAGAAAGAUUAGACGAAGUUUUCGACGAUAUUUGCGAAGAUACAUUCAACGACAUUCUCGAGGCCCAAACCAAGAAGCAAAAGAAACGUGCUUAUAUAGAACGAAACCGUGAAGCAGGACACAACCGUUUAUGGAAUGACUACUUCACCGAAAAUCCGACAUAUGAGGCACAUUUUUUCAGACGCCGUUUCCGUAUGAACAAGGAAUUAUUCAUGCGUAUUGUAUAUGGCCUCUCACAGAACGUUCCAUUCUUUCAACAAAGAAGAGAUGCUACCGGGAGGCUUGGUCUUUCUCCACUACAAAAAUGUACGGCAGCAAUUCGUAUGCUUGCUUAUGGUUCUGCGGCUGACGCGGUAGACGAAUAUCUCCGACUAGGUGAGAGCACGGCACUUUCCUGUUUACAUAAUUUCACUGACGGAAUAAUACAUUUAUUUGGAAAUGAGUAUCUACGAAGACCCACAGCAGAGGAUCUUCAGCGACUACUCGAUAUUGGAGAGACACGCAGGUUUCCUGGGAUGGUUGGAAGCAUUGACUGUAUGCAUUGGGAGUGGAAAAAUUGCCCAACCUCUUGGAAAGGACAGUAUGCACAUGGAUCAAGCAAACCGACAAUUGUCUUAGAGGCUGUAGCUUCACAAGAUCUUUGGAUAUGGCACGCUUUUUUUGGUCCUCCAGGUACCUUAAACGAUAUUAAUGUCCUUGAUCGGUCUCCUGUUUUUGAUGACAUUAUAGAAGGUCGAGCUCCAAGGUUAGAGUACGUGGUCAACGGACACAAAUAUAAGUUUGCUUACUACCUCACGGACGGUAUAUAUCCAAAAUGGUCAACAUUUAUCCAAUCUAUCACACUUCCUCAAGGUCCGAAAGCAAACUUAUUUGCUAAAGUUCAAGAAUCAGCCCGUAAAGAUGUGGAGCGGGCUUUUGGAGUAUUGCAAGCCCGAUUUGCGAUUGUCAAAAACCCGGCUCUUACAUGGGACAAAGAAAAGAUAGCGAAAAUUAUGCGAGCAUGUAUCAUACUACACAAUAUGAUAGUUGAAAAUGAACGCAAUGGAUAUGCUCAAAUCGACAUCUCGGAAUUUGAAGAAGGAAACGUCACCAGAAGUUCACAGGUGGAAACCGAAACCGACAGGCCUACAAAUCUCAACAACAUAUUUGUCAAUCAAAAUCAGAAAGAUCUUCGGGAUAGGCGUAUACAUGAACAAUUGAAAAAAGAUUUAAUUGAGCAUAUUUGGAACAAAUUUGGUGAUGAAGAUUAAUAAUUAUUGUAUCUUUGAGUUUAAUUAUUGUAUUUUUUUCCAUCAUGCAAUAAAUAAAAAAUAAAUUUCAAUUUAAAAAAAUUAAUUAUUUUUUUAUUCCUAAGGACUCCUAAUUGGAAAUCACCAUUGCACACAUUAUUUUGACUAAAAUCCUUAACUAUUCAAAAAAAAAAAAAAAUUAUUAAACUAAUCCUAAGGACUCCUCCCACAAAUCCACCAUUGUGGAUGCUCUAACCGCCGAAAGCACAUCAACGAUACCACCUGCUUGAACUUCUCCAUUUGAACUCCUCACUUGGAGCUUGAGAUAUUUUUCACAGGUUGGACGCUGACGCUUCUUAACGAAUGAAUAUUAUGUAAUGUUUCAAGAAUUUAGCCGAUUUUUCGUGGAAGCUGUCUAUGGAAAUUUUGGAUAUUCUGCAAAACUACGUUGAGCCCCUUAUGGCUCUCUACGAAUACUGACAGUUAUAUGGUCCCUGGGAUCUGUCUAGACGGAGUACGGUGGGAUCUGUCUCGCCGAAGUACGAUGGGAUCCGUAGCUUUUCCAUUUGAUGGAUUUUGACCUCAAUGAUUCUCUUCUUAAAGGGGGAUUUCAGAUGCGCUCCAGGCUCAACUCGUCAGUUGGUGGAUCUUUGAAUUGAUAUAUUGCAUCGAGAUCAGGAGGUCGGCGAUUUACAGGUUUGUUAUGUGCUUUCUUCCUCCAACCGUAGAGUUUUCAGUUUGGAAAAGCUGACUCUUUAUCGCUACAGGGACGCUGACAUUGCCAGCUGGUGGCGUGAUGACAACGGUUAUGACGGCGAGACACCCGUUAGUUGCCUUAUUGGUUUCUUCUUGCUGAGAAAGAAGGUCCAUGAUGCUUUUCAUCAUUUCCAUCAUGGUUGCAUCUUCGGUGGCCGGCGUAGUCUCUUCUCUGUUGGUUAAGUCGUUGGUUCUCAUACUUAUCUUCUUAGCGUUACUCUGAAUAGUCCCACGUGGACACCAACUGUUGAAUAUGAGUUUGGUCGGCUCUUAGGAGAUGAACAAACUUUAUUGUGGGUAAUUUUGAACACGCUUUUUAUUGAUCAAUAAGAGAGAUUAAAAUGUUGAACGAGAAAAUGAGUUGAAAUAUUCGGCGAGCAUAAGUGAAAAGGACAAGGUCAGUCAGUGAGAGUAAAGAAGAAAUUCUAGUUCGGAGUCAAUUUGUUUGAAAGUGUAUUUCUCUAUUCUUCCUAAUGCCUCACAUCCUCUCUUUAUACCCAUGACUCUUUUUCCGUUUGCUCUAAAGUCGCCUUGACCUAAUAAGCUGGGCCGAGUCUUUGGGCCAAGCUUAUGGGCUGAGACUUUGGGAUGAGUUUAUGUGCCGAGUCUUUGGGCUGAGAUUAAUGAGACGAGUCUUUGGGCCGAGCUCUUAGGCUGAUUGUAAUGUGUUAGAGUCCUUGAGAGCCGAUCUUGGCAGCUUGGCUGAGUCCUUGGGCAGAAGUUUUGUAUUCGGCAUGCUUUGUGGAGGGAUGCAAUCCCUCUCCAACAUUCCCCCUUCUUUAAAUUCACUCAGUGUCACGGGAUGAAUAGAUCAUGUACAAAUAUCUACCGGUUGGCUCUGUCUUCUCCAAAUCACUAAUGAUUUUUUAUGGCUCUCCAAGGUGGCUCCUGGUCUCGCUAUCGUUGAUUAUCUGCACUCUGUAACUCUUGCUCACCAUUCCAAGCCAUUGCAAUUCUUCUUCCUUGCGGUGUGUUUUCAAGUUCGGAAUCACUGUGACCUCAUCUACUCGUGACCUCCGGACGUGGUACCUAUUCUAAAUCAUCGGAGUCACUGUCGCUUCUCUCUUCUCUGUCAUGGACACCAUCUGCUCGAGAAUCUUUGGGCCGUGAUUGAGGAGCUUAAUAUUGAUCUAUCUGGGUUCCAUGGAUCGAUCACCGGCCUAAUUCCUCUUUUAAAAUAUGAUCCCUUUUCUUUGCUAUCUUCAUUUUUGACCCUAAACUUCCAAACAUGCAAGUCUUGUUCUUCAAAUUCCUUCCCCAGAUACUGUUGCACAGAAUUAUAUUAAUGUCAAAUAAGUUUCUAUUAUAUGAAAUGAAAAAGAGUAACAUGACUAUCACAGUAAAAUUAGGAACGUAGUUUUAGUUAUUUUUCUUUUAAUAUGUUUUGCAAAAUUUACUUUAAUAUAAGAUUUGAAACAUUUCAAGGAUCAAAAUUUCAUAUAAGUAGACGCAUCAGAACAAAAAAUAUUUGUUCAAUAAUGCACUUGAAUUUAUUACUAUUGAUGUAUGUAAAUAUUUUUAAAUCGAUUACUGAUAACUGUUUUUGAACUAAAAUCAUUUUAGAUUUGUCUGAUAGUGCAUUAUUAAAUAGUGAAAUUAUUAAUUUAUAAAAUCUAUAUAUAAUAGCAAACCUAUUUAUUGUCUUGGCUGAUGUCAGCAUUUUUUUAUAGGAAAAUAAAAAUUUUAAUCCAAUGGUAGAGAUCGCUUCCUUAUGAAAUAUAAUGUUGGAGUUUUAGUUUUGUUUAAAUGUAUGACAUCAUUAGUUACUACUCCAAACGAUGUGUUUUUCAUUUUUGAAUCAUUGGUUUUCAAAAGGCACAACCCUUUCUCAUUUUUUUGAAUGACAAAACUUGGUGAACCUUUAAAUUCAAUUUCUCUCUUACCACCAAUCAAAGUGUCACCUAAAUAAUUAAUAAAAAUAUUAAUUUUAUUUUAAAAAUUUAAAAAAAGAAUGAUGCGUAACACAACCCUAAAUCCUAAAUUUUAAACCCUAAAUCUAACCCCUAAAUAAUAAGCCCAAAACCUAUACCUUAAACCCAAAUAGUAAACCCUAAACCCAAAAUCUAUACAAUAAACCCAAAUCAUAAAUCCUAAACCCAAACUGUAAACCCAAAUCCUAAACCAUAAGCCCAAACCGUAAACUCUAAAUCCACACCUAAAUCCUAGACCCUAAACCAAACUGUAAACCCUAAAUCCAAUUUCAAAUCUUUUGGUUUAGGGUUUAUGGUUUGGGUUUAGGGUCUAGAAUUUAGGUUUAGGAUAUAGGAUUUGGGUUUAGGGUUAAGGUUUAGGGUUAAGGUUUAGGAUUUGGGUUUAUGAUCUAGAGCUUGGAUUUGGAUUUGGGGUUUAAAUACACUAUCAGUUGUGCCGAGAUUAAUAGGGUUUAGUGAUAGUAGCUACAACACCGAUCAAGACGACGACAAAAGCACAACCGGUCAUAUAUUCUAUCUUGGAGAAAGUCCAAUUACAUGGUGCUCACAGAAACAUGACACUGUAACGCUAUCAUCAUGUGAGGAUGAGUUCAUGGCUGGAACCGAAGCAGCAAGACAAGCACUUUGGCUUCAAGAGCUGUUAAGUGAGAUCACGGGUCUUCCAUGCGAGAAGGUCGUGAUAUGUAUUGAUAAUAGGUCGGCUAUUGCUCUUAUUAAGAACCUGGUUUUUCAUGGUCGAAGAAAGCAUAUAGACUCUCGAUAUCACUUUAUAAGAGAAUGCAUGGAGAAGGGGCAUAUUGAAGUAGAACAUGUUCUUGGAGACAAGCAAAAGGCAGACAUCUUAACUAAAGCUUUAGGAAGAAUCGAAUUCAGAGAAAUGAGAGAUUUCAUUGGAGUACAAGAUUUGGAGAAAAGAGAUUUCAAGCUUUGAAGGGAGAAUGUUGGAAUAAGCUUGAAAUAGCUUAGGUUGGAAUGUUGGGAUAAAUUUGAAAUAGCUUGAAAUAGUUAUGGUUAUCUAAAAGGAUUAGGAAAUAUAGAGUUGUGUUAAUCCCAAUGAGGUUAGGAUAAUUAAAGUGUUAUAUAAAGAUAUGCAAGUGUGUUGAAUAACUUAAGAGAGUUGAGAGCUUUAGUUUUUGAGAUAGUUUUCUAAAGCAGUAAAGAGUUUGAGUUUUAGUUAUAAUCUUUGAGCAAAUACUUUCUGUUUGAUACAAUAGAUGGAUGGUUCGUUGAUCCCAUGUUUUUUUUUUUGUUUUUUUUUUGUUUAAUCUGGGGAUAUCCCGGACUUAUAGAAGGGCCCAGACUAAUUUUCAAGAGAAGGUGCAGCCCACGGAUGUACUCUCUCUGAGUAUGCAAAUAGGCCCUAAAGCAUAGGCCCAUAUCGUUGAUCCCAUGUUUCUCUCUCUCUUUCUUCCUUUUUCAUAGUCUAUCUAUUUUUGUUUUGUUCUUAGUCCACAGUUAAUAUGUACCUCUUUGUUUAUAUACAUCACAGCUGUGCCACCGACGUCUGUGCCCUUAUCUGCUUGUGCAUGGCGAUGGUCAUCUGUUGUUGCCGCAACGGUUGUCGAGAUUCUUUAUAUUACGCAUGCGUUAUGCACAAAAAAAAAAAAGACAUUUCUUUUGUUCACGAUCAGGGUUUCUGUAUGAUGUUGUCUUGAUUUAAUAAAUUAUCUCA